AUGAAUUACAACGACAACAAUAAUAAUAAUAACAACUAUGGUCUAAAUGACACCAACUUGGCCAAAAAAUCACAACCUAAAUUGGCACUAUUAUUAGUACUUACUAUUUUUACUUUAAUUCCUCUUAUUGUAUCAACCAAUGUACCAUGGUCAAAACUCCCUAAUACACUUAUAGAGGGUAGUGAAGAGAUCGAUUUCAUAAAUCAAGUUGAAUAUUAUCCAAAAAGAAUUUAUUUAAUUUUAUUAAUUAUAUCAAUUAUAUCAUUGGGUCUUUAUGGUAGUUUGGUUUUUAUUUCAAUGGUAAUCAAAAAACAAUUUUCAAAACUUUUUACAAUUUUACAAAUCAUCCCAAUCAUUGGUUUACUCUUUAACUUUACUGUACUUAUUUUAUCGUUCACCUUUGUUCAAGAUCAACAUGUUUUAGUGAUUGGUGGUACCGAUGUAGAAAUCAAUAUAACUUUAGCUGGUGGUAGCAAUUCUCAAUCUUUAACAUCUGGUGGAUUUGCUGCAUUCUCUAUAGCAUUUUUCUUUAAUACUAUUCUAGUUGCUUUAAACAUUUGUUACAUUUAUUUAUUUAAACAAGAUUAUAACAAUAACGAAAAACAACAACUUUUGUAA